AUUGUGCGAUGUGCAGAUGAAUUGUGCGACGUGCAAAUGAAUUGUGCGACGUGCAAAUGAAUUGUGCGAUGUGCAUUUGCAACGUGAAUCCUACAGCGUGCGACAUGAAUCGUGCAACACGCAUCUGCCACGUGAAUCGUGCCGUUUGCGGCGUGAAUCAUGCCCUACCAUGCAGCGUGCGACGGGAAUCGUGCCGUGCCCGUUUGUAACGUGAAUCGUACAAGGCGCACCGGGAGUCGCGCACCGGGAGCGGCGCGGUGUGCCGCCUGCGUCACGCGCUGAGCCUUGCGCAGUGCGCGGCCGUGCAGCGCGGGUUGUGCGGCGCGCAGCAUCUCGCAACGCUGCGCAGGCCCCGCCCCCGCGGUGCAGCGGACCAGGAGGAGGAGGAGGAGGAGGAGGAAGAGCAGCAGCAGCAGCAGCAGCAGCAGCAGCGGAGGCCGGGGCGCCAUGGACAGCGCGGGGAAGGAGCGGGAGGCCGUGCAGCUGAUGGCGGAGGCGGAGAAGCGGGUGAAGGGCUCGCACUCCUUCCUGCGGGGGCUCUUCGGGGGCAACACGAGGGUGGAGGAGGCCUGCGAGAUGUACACCCGGGCGGCCAACAUGUUCAAGAUCGCCAAAAACUGGAGCGCGGCGGGGAACGCGUUCUGCCAGGCGGCCAAGCUGCACAUGCAGCUGCAGAGCAAACACGACUCGGCCACCAGCUUCGUGGACGCCGGCAACGCCUACAAGAAAGCGGAUCCGCAAGAGGCCAUCAACUGCUUAAACGCAGCUAUCGAUAUCUACACCGACAUGGGCCGCUUCACCAUCGCCGCCAAGCACCACAUCACCAUCGCCGAGAUCUACGAGGCCGAGCUGGUGGACAUCGAGAAGGCCAUCGCGCACUACGAGCAGGCUGCCGACUACUACAAGGGCGAGGAGUCCAACAGCUCGGCCAACAAGUGUCUGCUGAAGGUGGCGGCGUACGCGGCGCAGCUGGAGCAGUACCAGAAGGCGAUCGAGAUCUACGAGCAGGUCGGAACCAACACGAUGGAUAACCCUUUGCUCAAGUACAGCGCCAAAGAGUACUUCUUCAAAGCCGCUCUGUGCCACUUCAUCGUGGACGAGCUGAACGCCAAGCUCGCGCUUGAGAAGUACGAGGAGAUGUUCCCCGCGUUCACAGACUCACGGGAGUGCAAGCUAUUGAAAAAACUGCUGGAAGCGCACGAGGAGCAGAACGCCGAGGCGUACACCGAGGCCGUGAAAGAAUUCGACUCGAUCUCGCGGUUGGACCAGUGGCUCACGACCAUGCUGCUCCGCAUCAAGAAGUCGAUCCAGGGCGAGGGGGACGGGGACCUGAAGUGAGGCGCGGGGUGACGGCGCAGCCCUGUCGUCGCGUCGCAGCCGGGGACGCUCCGGGAUCCGUGACACCACAUUCCGCUUUACUUUUGUCGCUUCCGAACCCCGUGACGUGUGUGUUUCUUUAGUGUCCCGCUCUGUGUCGUGAGGAGGUGGGCAGGCGAGGAGGCGAACGCAGCACUUCAGGCAGGAAUCCCGGCUUGGCUGGGUAGCUGUGACCCCCAAAUCUGCACUUUCCCCCCGUAUCGUUAACUUCAGCACGUCCAGGUGUUGUCUGCAGCGCACAGAAUCGCUUCUGCUCUGUCGCUCUGGUGUCCCCGCUCUCUGUUUCUCAAGGGACCUGUUAUUUUUUAAAGGAUUGAGCUUUUUUUACCGGUGCUGGUGAAGGGCUUUGUGAUUUACUCCAGCGAGCAUGCGUGCGUGUCCUGCACAGCUCCGGCUGCAAACAACCCCGAGGAGGGGCUGAGGCGCCAGGACGGCGCGGUGCGGGGCCAGCCCUCCUUACCGCUCUGCCUCGCAGCUCACAGCUCAUUCCCAUUUUAAAAUGUAAGUGUCCUCUUCCUUUUCUUGGCUCUAUUUUCCCAUUUCAUUCCGUGCUGCGUCCCCUCCCUCCCGCCCCGAGAUGACUUGACCCGAGUAAGAAUCUUUUUCUACCUUUUCGUUGAUUUGAACUCCGGGUUUUGUUUCUGAGCCCUUUGCUCUCGGCGGAGCCGCCUCCGUCUUGUGAGGCACAAAGGGGGUGACCGAGACACGAGGGGAUCCAGGAAAACCUGGUUUGGGUGUCGGUUUUGAAAAGGUAGAGAUAAAGUUUUAAAGUUCUGCGGUAAUUUUAGCAAUGUCUGCACCCAAGGCUUGUUUGUGCAAUGCUUCACUUAAUUAGAGGUGAUGAAGGUACCUGUAGGCGUUGAGGACGUGCAGUUUGCUGGUGGAGCCGUCACUCGUAUUUCUCUGUGCUGAAGGGAUUUCCAGCUGCCCCACAGACAUGGAGAGAGCGAAAAAGUUGUUAAUUAAUUGCUUAAUUUGCACGAGCGCUGCGUCUCUUGCUGAGGCCAUUGUCUCUGCUCGGAUUCUGGCGGCCAAAUCUUCCCUCGGGUUUGGUUUUCACCUGGGUGGUUGUUUCAGUAGAACAGGGUUCGCCUUGUUGGUCUAAGGGGUUUAGUUCUGUUGUAGUGGUACUUUAUCUCCACUUACGAAAAAGAAAACCAAAAACCCGCUCCUGGCACAUGCCAAAUGACGUAGGUUUUGGUGUUCUGUCUUCCUGACUGCUCGCGGGUUUUCUGUAGGCGAGGGACGUCACGGGAAGGCAAAGCUGUGUGGAGCUGGCGAGGGGGGCGCGGUCGGACAUCCUGCUCGCUCUUCCCUUCCUUCACUUCUGGGCCGUUUUUCGGGGCUUUGCUCCCCAUCGGCCUCUGUCCACAACGAAGCGAUGGCUGCCCCUCGUCCCGCCACGUCUCGCCGCUGCCCUAACGCAAACUUGGCAGAGAGAUACUUCCAGUUCCAUUCAGCGCGUGGUCCCGGUCUGUCUCCUGCUGAGCUGGGCGCAGAGCUCAGCCUAAAUGCCAGCUAAGCCUGGAUUAGCUGCAGAUUUGACCUUGUUUUGGCCAAGAGGGCUCAACGCCGUAAGUGCUGCUGCCCUCAGCUGGCCUAAAAGGCACCAUUUCUGUUUAAUUUACCUGUUUAGUCCUGGCUUGUGUCAAGCUUUGCGCCUGGGCGAGGGUGCAGGCUGGGAGGUUUCCUGUCCGACCGCAGCGAGUCACUUACUUCAGCCUUUUCUGUUCCUUUUCCCGCUGUCAGUAUUAGCGGAGCAGGAGCCCGUCCGGGGUUGCGCUCUGUCCCUGCGCUCGGGAGCGAAGACGAUUAAAACAACGUUAGUUCUGUAUCAGCAUGUCCCCCAGUGUGUCGGUGGUAAAUUGUGACAAUCUGCCACUCCGCUGUACCCCCCCGUACACAACUCUCUACUAUGGAAACUUAUUGAUGAAAUGGCCUUAGCGAGAAUAUCAUGUUUUGUGUGAAUCUGUACAUUAUUAAUAAAGUGAGAAUCAUGAAUGUAA